UAAUAACUAUCGGCUUAAAUUAUUUUCAUAAUAUUUACCGUUCCGUCGCAUUAAAUUAAUUUAUCAAUUACUUAUAUAUAUCGGCAUAUUAUAUUAUUUAGCAACGCGUAACGAAAGCCGGAGAAUGUAAAGAUGUUAAAUUACAUCAAGAGGCAAGCCAGCCGCCGUCGCAGCAGUCAAGAUGCCACGGAAGCCAAUUGUGUCCAAUCAAGCGAUGAUGUGGACGUCAUCGAUGGAGCCAUGGCUCACAAACGUAACUCUCUGCGGUCCACAACCAGUUUUUGUGACGAAGUGUUCCUAGAGGCUGAAGAGGGGGAGGGGGGUGGCGCGGGAUACGGAGUAGGUACCUCCUCCGACGGAAUCAGUCUCUCUAGCAAUGAUGACAUUUUUACCUACAACUCGCGCCUCUCGAUGAACCUGGCUUCCAUCGUCAGCGAACCCAAUUGCCUGAGCUUCUUCGUGCAGUAUCUUGAUACCCGACAGGGCUUGCCGCUGAUCAAAUUCUAUCUGGACAUUGAGAACUUCAAGCGAGCGGCUCUUACGCAGGAGAAAGAGGAGCCGGAGGAGCCGCCUACGAAGGCGGAACAAUCUUCUCCAAACAAAGAUGACAAAUAUGUACCUGAACUAAAGACGCUAUGCGAUCUGUCCAUGCGAAAACCCCUCACGGACGACGAGAAGAGUCGGAUUUAUGCAGAGACAAACAAGCAGAUCAACAGACAAAAGUCUGGGACGGGAUGUGUCACGAACUCCGAACUUUCCCGGGCCAGCAUCAGCGAUGCCAUAGCCAUCUACCAGAAAUAUUUGAUUGUGAAUGCCAGUCUGCAGGUGGACCUGCCCAUUGUCAUCCUAGCGCACAUAUCGCUGCUCCUGUGUGGAAGGGAUAAGUCCGAGUGUAGUAAACCAAUCCCAGCCAGCUGCUUUGAUGAAGCCAGGGAGUUUGUGUUGGAGCAACUGGAGCGGGAUCAUGUGCAGGGAUUUCUGCAGAGUGGCUACUACUCCACCUACUGUUUAGAGUUGGUCGAAGGCGGUUCCAUUAAUAUCUACGAUGUGCUGAACAGCGAACUGGCUUUAUUUUACUUUACCGAGUACCUGGAACAACGACAAGAGCGCGAAUGUCUGGAGUUCUGGAUAACAGCCAUUAACUUUCGCAAAAGCUUCGCUUCUGGCGAAGAGAAAGAGGACGAUCGCAAGGCAGCCCAAAGCGAUGCGAUGAUCAUAUACGACAGAUACUUCUCUCUGCAAUCCGAAUGUCGUCUCUGGAUGUCCCAGAAGCUGCGCUCGAGGGUGGAACAAGCCAUCUGCGCUCCAGGUGAACAGUGGCAAGCCUUUGAUUUGGCUCUCUUGGUUACUGCCAAGUAUCUGGAGCAAAAGUACUUUGCUAGCUUCCUAAAAUCCCACAUCUUUGACAACUAUGUGAAUGAACUGAAGGUUAAGAGAGAUAACUCCACCCUUCACUCCAACAUUCAGCAAAAGUUGAGCUUGCGGAGAGCUGGGAAAACUUCCAAUGCCCAGCAGCGCCAUCGCAAGGCCCUAUCCAUGUCGGACUGCACACACAUUUCGCAGCACAAUACACUGCUGGCUUCCAUGGAUCAGCUGCCCUCGAAAACUUCGGUCAAUCAUCAGUCUGGAAAUCUUAACAUCGACGCCAGGCAGUUAACAAAUCCCCAACUUCUGUGGCAGCGUCCUGUGGGAGCCCUUAAAUUCGGGUUUGUUAACUCUUUAGGACGCUAUGAGCGGGACUUUGAGGCCGUGGAGGCAGUGACUCUUAAAUCGCAACCAUGGUCACUGAGUGUCAGCGGAAACAAAAUCAAGAAUGCAAUGCGAAAGCUUGUCAAUCUGCCCGAGGACAAUGUGCAAGAGGAGAUAGCCUGGCAAGUGGCCGAAAUGAUUGUCAAGGAUGUUACGAGUGUCACACUCAGUGGCAAAACUAACCAACUGGCCUAAUGUGCUUCAAUAUUUUUGAAUUUAUUCUCAUUUUAUUCUAAUUUUUAAAUUGUUAUUUUUACUCUCAAAUCAAAGCGAGAAUCUCCCCAAAAUGUGCACAAAUUGAAGUCGCAACAGAAGCUCUCUCACAACAGCCUUCUCUCUUAUGUACAAAAUAUGUUGAACAAAUGAAACAUCUUAUCUUAACUUAUUUUCGUUAAUGCUAGGGGCUUUGAAAGCUUAUUUACUGAAUUAUCGCUCGCUCAUUUGUUAUUUAAAGCAACAAAACCCAAAUCUCAAAUAUAAAGAAUAAGCUUAAUCGCUUUUGAGUCUUUACUUCAUUCCGUUUAUUUAUGAUUAAUCAUUUGUAACAUAGAAUGUAUAUGAAUAUUUUUGCAUACUGAUGAUAACUACAAAGGAAAAUUUAUUGUUAUGAAUAAACUUUUUCUAUAAUCAAA